AUGACUGUAGAUGCAAUCUUAUAUUUUAGAAAUCACGACUAUUCUCCGAUAAUGGAUAACGAUUAUGAUUUUUUUUUAAGAAUUGGUGUGGAUGGCCUUAUCCGCAAAUUUGCCCCAAAAGAUUUUACAGAUGGAAGAUACGACGAAACUUUGCAU